CUUCUGUCUGCUCAGUGCUUUUGGUUCUUCGUUUAAUCUUGCAUCUUGGUCGAAUUUGUUUCUUUUUUUUUGUGCAUCUUCGGAAACUUCAAGAACAUGACAAGAAAGCUGAAGCACUGGUUUAGUGGCUUUUAGGAUUGAUAGAAUUUGUAGAGGAGGCAAUUGAUAGAAUUUUCAUCAGGCUAUACUCAAGGUUGAAACAUAUUUUGAUAACUCAGCCAUGGUACCUUUUAUUGAAGCCAUAUGCAAUUCGGUUAGUGGGGAGAUGCUGUGUGUGGAUCCGUAUGUAUCAUGUCUUCAGCCUGUAGAAAAACAACUUGUUUCGGAGGGUUUUGCACCAAUCUCAGAGGAUGUUCCAAUGAGUGGUAGUGUUAUGUUUAACUCAGUUCUGCCAAGCCAAGAACAACAACCAGCUAUAUCACCUAAUGCUUUGUCAGUUUUACAUCCCCCUAAAAAUGAAAUUUCCAGUACUUUGUCAAUUACUAAGAGUGAGAGACUGAACUUUCAGUCUUCCAAUAAGAAACAUUCUAGAAAGAGGAAGCGACUUGAAUGGAAGACCAUCUCCCAUGAAACUGAGCUUUGUCCUGAUGCAGUUUCCGAGUGCAAUGAUAAUAAUAUGUCGAACCAUAGGUCCUUAAAGUCCUUGCAAGAACUUAAGGAACAUUUGUCUUACUUAGGAUGGAAAAUUGAGCAAGCAAAGGAUUACAACAUCAUUAGGACACGGUACGUGGCUUCUGAUGGGAAGAUAUUUCAAUCACUUCGUAAAGUUUGUAAGAUGUUGGAAAAGUCAGAAACUUGGGUAGAAGGCCAAAAAACAUCAUAUGAUGGUUCAUCUGAUGAUCUCAACCUUUCUACUUGCCUGGCAAAAGCACAGACAUGCAGUGAGGUGUCUGAGCUGCAAUAUACUUCUCAAGAACCAAUCGUUCCUCCUGAAAUCUGCCCUGAAGCUGUAAUUGACUAUUGUUUACUGGGAUCAACAGACAAUCCUGCCUAUAAGAAGUUGAACAGUGGGGAAAAGAAGUCUAUGAUCAUGAAAGCUAAGAAACACCUCGCUGCAAUAGGAUGGAACUUUUCUUAUUGUCAGAAAGGGGACAGGAGAGAACUGCGGUAUUGUCCUCCUCAUGGGAGGAAAAAAUUCAUCUCUCUUCGAACGGCAUGCAUAUGGUGUAUGCAGCAGUGGAAAGCUGAGGGACAGAUGCCUGAAUUAUUUUCCCGGUCAAAUGUUCUGGAAUUUCAGGUGAAUUUGGCACCUCAGAGGACCUCAUGUAAGAAAUUAUCAAUGGCGACAUUUUCUGUCUUGCCACUUCCGAAAGAACCUGCUCAACUUAAUAAAGUCACAGUUUGUGAAAUCAGCAAAACAAGAAAGAAGAGUAACCACACAGGUGGGUGGAACAUGUUGAAAGAAGGAAAAUCCAGAUCUUCAAGAACAGUAGUAGAUGGUACAGAAUCUCAGUCUUCAGCUCGUCAGUUGCGAUCAAGUAAAAGAGCUCGGCAGGCAACAGUUUCUUCUUCCUUGCAUCAUACACCUCGAACAGUUUUAUCUUGGUUGAUUGACAAUAAUGUGGUUCUGCCCCGUGCCAAAGUGCAAUAUCGUGUGAAAAAAGAUGGUCGUCCAAUGGCAGAAGGGCAGAUCACUCGUGCAGGGAUCAAAUGCAAGUGCUGCCAAAAAGUUUAUGGAAUUAGCAAUUUUGAGGUGCAUGCUGGAAGCAGUUAUCACAGACCUUCAGCAAAUAUAUUUUUGGAAGAUGGACGAUCCCUUCUUGAUUGUCAACUGCAGAUGAAAGAAAAGAGUAUUGUAAGAAACACGAGGAAGAGAUCACCUUUGUUGAAGAAGCACAGCCAUUUGGGCACAAAUGACAAUGUGUGUUCUGUGUGCCAUUACGGUGGUGAAUUACUUCUGUGUGAUGAAUGCCCAUCUUCCUUUCAUACUGGUUGCCUUGGAAUGAAGGAGGUUCCCGAUGGCGAGUGGUUUUGCCCAUCAUGCUGUUGUGAAAUGUGUGGCGAGAGCAGAUUUGAUAAAAACAAAGACCACUUUACAGAAAGCAGUCUACUUAUCUGUUGUCAGUGUGAGCACAAGUAUCAUGCUCGGUGCGUGAGAGAUAAGGGUCUUCAAAAGCUGGAUUGUUAUCCUGUAGGAAAAUGGUUUUGCAAUAAGAGAUGUGAGCAGAUAUGUUUGGGUAUCCACCAACUCUUGGCAAAGCCAGUUAUGGUGGGAAUUGAUAACCUCACUUGGACUUUAUUGAAAUACGUAAAACCUGAUGAUUUUGAUUCGGAUGCUGCUAAAGAUGAGUUCGUCUUGGAGACUUAUAGUAAACUUGAUGUCGCUUUGGAUGUGAUGCAUGAGUGCUUUGAGCCUGUCGAAGAACCUUACACAAGGAGGGAUCUUAUGGAAGAUGUUAUCUUUAAUAGAUGGUCAGAGCUGAAUCGCUUAAAUUUUCAGGGUUUCUAUACUGUGCUUCUGGAAAGAAAUGAUGAAGUGAUUACAGUAGCGACUGUGAGGAUUUAUGGAGAAAAGGUAGCUGAGGUUCCUCUUGUGGCAACAAGAUUUCAGUACCGCAGACUUGGAAUGUGUUGCAUCUUAAUGAAUGAGCUUGAAAAGAAACUAAUGGAAUUAGGAGUUGAGAGGCUAGUUUUGCCUGCUGCCCCCGCCGUGCUAAACACAUGGACCACUUCAUUUGGUUUCACAAUGGUGAAAGAAUCUCAGAAGCUAAACUUCUUGAAUUACACUUUCCUUGAUUUCCAGGGUACAGUAAUGUGUCAGAAACUCCUCCAGAAUAUCCCUCCAGAGGUAUCAAGUGAAUCAACAGAAGUUUAUCAAACUCAACUUGACCACAUAAAAAGCAAGGAGACUGUUGAGUUGGAUGGAAACAGUGCGCUUUCUGAGGUCUUCCAAGCUGAGCAAAUUGAAGGGAGUGAAAUUGUGGAUCAAGGAUAUGCAGAUGCACCUGGAGGAUGUGAAAAUAAUGAUACGGAUGCUCCAACUCCUCUCAUUAAUGUGGCGAACCAACAAGCUCCUCUUGGCUGCCAGGAUGAGACUAGUCUGCAAUACCAAGCUGAAGUUACUGAUAGUAAGGUUUUAGAAAAAACAGGUGUUGUCCAAUACAAAUGUUACAAGCGGAGAAAAAAGAUAUCAGCCUGUGGAUAAUAAGCUAGUUUUGGAAGGAGUAUCUAGUAAGCUGGUAAAUUAUUAGAAAAAGACGACACAACCAUGGAAUUUUGAUGGCCAAAUUAUUUUUUCUCCGUUAACCUUAUUUUUUCGUAGUUAAAGGAGAGAAUUUAAGGGGUGUUACUCAUGUAUAUUUUCAUGUACAGCUAUCUCUAGGUAGCAUUAGCUAAUAAAGAUGUUUUCUAAUCCUGAAAGUACAAAUGUAUAGAAUCACAGUCUACGGUUUGCAAGUA